AUGGGAGCUCUUUUGGCACAAUACCAAGAGGGUACAAGGAAGGAUAUAGCUAUCUACUACCUCAAUAAAAAGUUCCUUGAGUAUGAAACUAGAUACACUCCUUUAGAAAGAGCUUGCAUUGCCCUUAUUUACGCAACAAAGAAGCUUCGACAUCAUUUGCAAGCACAUACUACUUAUCUGAUUUUUGAGUCUGUCAAAGGGAGGGCUAUAUCUGAAGCUUUGGCUGAUGGACCUAUAUCGGGUGAUGAAUUUGAUGAUGAUUUUCCAAAUGAACAUAUUUUCUGUCUUAGUACGUCACAAUGGAAGAUGUAUUUCGAUGGAGCCUCAAAUAGAAGGGGCAAUGGUGCAGGAGUAUUAUUGAUCGAUCCAUAUGGAGUACAUAUUCCCUUCGCUGUGAAGCUUAGUUUCCCAACGACGAAUAACACGGCUAAAUAUGAAGCCUGCAUCUAUGGAAUCAAAGCGGCAUUAGCAGCUGGUGCAAAAAAUCUCAUAGUAUACGGUGAUUCUUAUCUCAUAAUUUCCCAGACUAUUGGAGCUUGGAAAGUUCUGGACGAAAGGUUGCAAAUGUACACGGAGUAUCUUCAACAAUUUAUCCCAUUCUUUGAAGAAAUAGAGUUCAAACAUCUCCCUCGCGAACAAAACAGUUUCACCGAUGCUUUGGCAAAUCUGGCGAAGUAUUUAAUCGAUGGAGAAUAUCCUGAAGGAAGUCACAAGAAGGAUCAAUUGGCUAUUCGAAGGCUAGCUUCUCAUUUCACAAUAUUGAAAGGCCAUCUCAAAGAAACCCUUGAGAAGUACAAAAUUAGACAUCACCAAUCAUCACCAUAUCGUCCUCAAACCAAUGGAGAUGUUGAAGCAGCUAACAAAAUCAUCAAGACGAUAAUCGCCAAGAUGACAGAUAGGGCUCGAGAAUGGCCCGAUAAACUUCCCUACGCACUUUGGGGAUACAGAAUUUCCAUUCGAACACCAACUGGGACUACUCCAUAUUCUUUGGUAUAUGGAAUGGAUCCGCUUCUUCCAAUCGAAACGGAGAUUCAAUCGCUUCGCUUCGCAUAA